CAAUCCGCCAAACGGAAUCAAAAAAGCAAUCUGCCCCAAGAUGCUCGCCGCAAGCUUAGACUUCCUUGCAGCCCUCGCAGCCUUAUGCCUACACGCCUCCUUCCCGUCCCUCCAAUGGCGAAGAGAUAAGCAAGGAUCUUCCUCUCCACCACCCGACCGGAAAGACAAGCCUUUUGGGCCUCUGUCUCCCAUCGAAACAGAAUCGUCUAACAAGGGGCGCUGGAGUCAGAACUUCUCCCUUUCUUAAUUUUCUUCGUCGCGCUCGCUCCCAACAACGUUGAUCGGGUAGGCGAUAGCUCAACCUCGCCCUAUCUUAUUCGUUUUUUGGGAAAGGUUUUGAGGCUGCGAGUCACAGCGACCGAUUUAGCUUCUAGGGUUUUUGUUCCCGCUCUUGUCGUUGAGAUGACGCCGACGGAGGAACUCAAUAGUUUGAUGAAUUGGAUGUUCUCGGAGGGUUUGUUGGACCAGCAAUUUCAACAACUCCAGAUGCUGCAGGAUGCCAGUAAUCCUGAUUUUGUUUCGGAGGUGAUCACCUUGUUCUGCAAAGAUUCAGAGAUCAUCUUGGCUGAGUUGACAAAAUUACUGAAUCAACCUGUUGUUGACUUUCAAAAGGUGGACGCUUAUGUUCACCAACUUAAAGGAAGUAGCUCGAGUGUUGGUGCGAAUAAUAUAAAAUUGGCCUGCAUCCACUUCCGUCAGUUCUACGAGGAGAAUAAUAAAGAAGGGUGUCUCAGUUCCUUGAACGCGAUGGAACGUGAGUAUUUUCGUUUGAAGGACAAACUUGGGACCAUGUUGCAGCUUGAGCAGAGAAUCCAAGCUUAUGAGAGCAACAAACAUAAUUAGAGGAUGAAGGGAAUAUGUUUUAUCACUCUAGUUUAGCUUCCAUAAUCAACUUAUUGUUUAUGUGUUGACUCUGUUUCUGAUCUUCGUACACUGUGUUUAAACAUGUAUUCAAGUGAAUUUGAAGCUUUAUCA